GGAAGGGAAGCCUUGGAUGCCUUGAAUACCUAGCCCGCUCCAAAUCUGUCGCGCUACCUGCUUUCGAGUCACGGCCCCCAACUCGUAAACUUCCACUUUUGAGCACGACCUUCAUCGAGUUGGAGGAGGCUCAUUGCUCUCAUUUCGGACCGGCACAAUGUUUCCACCGUGCCUGUUGCCGGGAGCAGUACCAUCCAUGCUGGAGCAGCAACGGAGCUGACACCUGUCCGCCUUCCUUACCUCACCACACCCAGCUUAUACCGCACCGCUUCAAAGUGUCCGGGAUGUGGUCUGAAUCAUCCGGCGUGCCAUAAGGGGGCAUUCAGAUGAAUAAGGGCCGGGGUCGAAAACGGGAGCCGGUACCUGCCCACGGGCCCCGGUGUAGUUGCACUUUGAACACGCAUCACGAGAUUGUCGUCGGCUUACCGAAUCACCCAAAAUCCGAGGGGAAUCAUCCCUCCACCAGACACACGGUUCAAAAUUCCACGGCCAACGCUCAUUUUGCGGGAACCAAGCUCAAUUCCCUCCCGACCGGACAGUAUCGGACAACCAUCCCCACCGCGGUGGUGGUGCUGCGCAGUACAUACGGCAAUGUUGUCUUGUCUGUUAGUGAGGUUGAUGACCCAAGGCCACCCGACCCGUUGUUCCCCGCCAUCGCUUUUUUUCGUCCAAUCCAAGAAGCCAAUUCGCGACAAAUGACUACUACCUCUAGGUAGAAGAUAUACAAUCACCAAUGCCGUCCGGAGAAGAGUCACCGAGCAGGAAAAUGACGGCGACACCGAAGGCACUGUCUCCACUGAAAUGCGCGGUUCAGUCAAACGGUCCCGGAAUGCCCCGCCGCACCGCUAUGUUACUAUUCCCUUCCUGGCCCGUUCUUGUUGCUCCGCCCCCCGAACUCGCGGCGCGGCACGGCACGGAAACUCAAUCCCAACCUGAAUUGUAGGAGGGUACUGACUUCUUUGUCGAGACCAGAACAACCCUACACCUUUUCUCGGUCACGAUACGUCGUACCACGCGCUCGGUUGUGGCAGUGAACCGCUUCUUGCUCGCUCCCACCCUUGACAGUUGACCCAACGUGCAAGGAAUGAGCCACACUCCUGGUGGACACCCAGUUCUCGCCAGUCAUUUCCCGAACGACUGUUCCCUUGUCCAGAAACUCCCUCGAUAGCUCCGAAUAUCCGCGGCUCUGGUCCCGCAUUGAACGCACUGCGCAGCUGGCCGUAGGGCUGAGGACCCCUACAAUGGGCCGGACGGGAGCAUCACACGACGUCACCGCCGUGCCAAGCCAUAGCACAGUCGAGCCGAGUCGAACCAUGCCAGGCAGAAGAGAUGAGAGGAUAGCAUGGCACGUGCGACCCGUCGCCGGUCCAUCACGCUCGGUCAUGACUGCUCUGUGAAUGCCUGAGUACAUAUGGAUGGCCUCGCCCACCUGCCUCAGGCUCGGUUGCACCUUGCUGUCACCAUCUACACAGCAUCGUCUGCCAGUCACGGCCCAUACCACCAUGGAGACACCCACACCAGCAACCUACUACUGGGUACAACGCCUUGGCCGUCGUCUCUACGGUCAGAAGAGCCAGCUGUUAGACUCUUGUCGGUCCCGCCACUGUACCAGCAUGCAAGAAGCACAUUAUCAACACCAUGCCUACCAUCGCGUUCCAUCACCACACGCACAAGAUCUACUACGCGUCAAGACCAACGAACAUGGCCAACUACAGUGCCGCGGAUGUGACCAGAUUACUUACCUCCUUCGCUGGGCAGAGGCCGAGCGGAGGAAGGACCCAAACCACAAGGGCACCUCUCCCAAGCGCAUUAUCCACAACAGCUACGUCGAGCUCGAUCUGUGCGCAAGGAUUUCCAACUGCGACGCCUGCCAAAUUGUCCGCCGUGCUCUCCUAUUAGAUCAGAUCACCGGCCGGGAUGCUGAACGUUUACGACACACGGAUAACCAGUGGCCAGUCCAGGUAGCUCUAGACAUACGGCCUGGAUGCGACAGUCUCCAGGUUACCAUUGAGAAAGGAUCCGGGGUUCCUUUGUUCUCCGCAACGGUUGUCCUCAGUCAGAAGCCGUGCCUUGCUAUGGGAAAAAAGACCAAAGCACCUUCCGCAGCCUCCAGGCUUCGGCCCAACUUUGAAGAGCUACGUCAAGUCGUCAGCAACUGUCACGACAAUCACCAGUGCUCGUCUCGAUACCGUUGGAACAGCAGGAAUCCGUCGUGGCUGCUGGAGAUUCUAGGCGACGGAAACGUCCGAGUGGUCCGGGGUCCUGAUCAUUUGGUUCCCUAUGUCGUCCUCAGCUACUCUUGGGGAGAUCCCACCACAAUGCCGGCGGAAGAGUGGGCCAGGAUCAAGGGUGCCUCUACCAAAACAGUCGAUGGCGUGCCCGCACCAGAACGCACAAAUCCAUUUCCUCGAUCGAUUUUGCCAGAAACAAUGCGAGAUGCCAUCGCUAUCACCCAGGAACUGAAUUUCAAGUACAUUUGGAUCGACAAUGUAUGUAUCCCCAAAGGCACCGAUUGGGACACCGAGGCUUCCCUGAUGCACGAAGUCUACGGAAACGCCGCAUUUACCCUGCUGGCCUCUUCGAGCACAAAAGCAACCGAACCCAUGUUAUACGACCGUCUUGCGUGGCUACAAGAACCGAAGCCCUGUAAACUGCGCAACCAUUUCCUCUACAACACGCAAAAACCCCUCCACGAAGUCCGCCUGGACCCUCCAGCAUCGCAGCGUGCCUGGACCCUCCAAGAAGAGCGUCUUUCUCCCAGAAUUCUCUACUGGACCGGUCAGCGCUGGUAUUGGUCCUGCCCCGAGCACCAAACCGUCGAGUCUUCGCCCCUUGACCUUCCUUCGCCUGCUUGUACCUCAGAGGACCAAUCAUGGAGUCCACCACAACGGUUCCUUGAUGUCUGUCGUAUUGGUGACUUCCAGAGCAUUGAUCAAGAAUGGCUCGAUAUCGUUGAAGCCUACACGCGGCGCGACCUCGCGCACUCUGCCGAUCGUUUUCUUGCCAUAUCGGGCCUGGCCGUCCGGUUCCUUGAAGCCAAGAUGGACGGAGGUGGUAAAACCCGUGUUAGCGAGCAAUACUUGGCAGGGUUGUGGCGAGAAGAUCUAGCUAGACACUUGUCGUGGUCGGUUGCCAGCGCUGUGGAUUCAAAGGGGAGUCAUCAAGACGUUGCGCCAUCAUGGUCGUGGGCUUCAUUGCCGCUAUGCGUCAACACAAAAAUGAGACAUCCUUUUAGGCAGUCGCCACACUUCCAGUUCUUGGGAGUCCGUCAAUCCAGUUUUGACCAUACCCCCGUAAUCCCAACCGCCACUCUUAACCAGCAAGUCAUCACCGACCCUCGCCUUCGCAGCAAGUUGGUCGAGCAACAAGGCCGCACUGUCAAGCAGAUCGAGAUAAAAGGUCGCUUCCGCCGCUUCAUUUCCGAAAGCUCAUGCGCCGUAUCGUGGGAAGCCAUCGAAUGGAAACGCGGUGAUCGCGUCGGCUUAAACUUUGAAGAGUUUCCCGGCCGCGAUCUACACUCGAGGAACCACGAUGAUGGUCGGAUAGUCUCCAAAGACGCCCAUGGUGGGGAGGUGGUAGGGCAGCUGGAUUAUCUCGUGCCGCCUACUGGCGCUUCCUUUGCGAAUAAGAAGAGUGACAGUGUCGCUUUGGCAGACGGGGAAGAAACGGAGCUCAUGUGCCUUGAGCUCGGAGAGUUGGCAAUGAUGUUGCUUCAAAGAAAUCCCGGAUCCGCAGAGACUUGGAAGAGAGUAGGUGUUUGUAUUGGUUACGAACAGAGGAAAGGUUUCUUCUAUGGUUGUGAAAGUAGGACACUUAUCUUGGCUUGACCGCUUUGAUUUGAUCGGUUGGACGAGGCAAAGGAUGAUCAUCUAUUAUACCCUAAUCACAUGCCCGCACCGAAUGUACAGCAGUAAUUAGAUUAUGUACCUAGAUAUGGAAGUUGCCAAGGAAUGGGCCUUGUGCCACAAGUAAAUGAUCGAGCAGGUACUCAACACAAGUUCAUACAUCUACCGAACAGGAGAAAUUGCUGGAAAAGGUGGAACAUUAGGC